UUAGAAGUAAGGAUUGCAGUAUCGUAAUAUUAAUAUAUAAUCCCUAAAUCUGCUAAGCCUAAAGGGGUCUAGUCUACUAGUCGAGUCACUAAUGGGAUGCAAGGUCACAUGACCAUGUCCUGUAUCCCAUGUCCCGUAUCCCAUAUCCCAUUGCCCAUAUCCCAUUACCCAUGUCCCAUUGCCCAUGUCCCAUUACUCAUGUCCCAUUGUCCAUGUCCCGUGUCCCGUGACUACACACGUGACUCCCAACGGAACAGCUGUACCAAUACUGGAAACUCUCUAAAAACGCGAAAAACAGUGUCUCCCUCCGAUUGCAUGCAAAUUC